AUUUUUUCAAAUGACGAGCACGUCAACAAAUCCUUGUUUCCUGGAAAUCAAGAUAAAACCGGUAACAUGCAACUUCCCCAAAAGUAAAACGUUGUCCUGAACGAUGUCCUGAACGCACGGAAGGAAAAGACGUCUCUCAGGUGAGUCAUGGCUCCAGUCGCGCACAAAAAGCUGACAGGACUUGUUGCAGCUACAUUCACUCCGUUCACCCCCGAAGGUGAAGUCAACAUAUCAGAGAUUGGACCUUAUAUUGACUACUUGAAAGAGAAGCAAGGUGUAAAUAACUUGUUUGUCAAUGGCACUACCGGAGAGAGCAUGUCUCUCACUGUUACAGAGAGGAAGAUCCUGGCUGAGGAGUGGUGUCUAAAAGCCAAGGGCAAAGUUGAUCAGCUGAUUGUGCAUGUCGGCUGCAUGAGUCUAAAAGAUACCCAAGAACUGACUCGUCAUGCUGCAGAUAUCAGGGCUGAUGGGAUAGCAAUCAUUUCCCCCUCUUUCUUCAAACCAAGAAGUGCAGAUGUGCUGAGGAAGUUUCUCCAUGAAGUCACUUCAGUUGCUCCAACCAUGCCUGUCUAUUACUAUCAUAUUCCAUCUGUCACCGGUGUUGAUGUGCUGGGGAGGGAUGUGUUGGAAGGUAUCGAGGAACUCAUUCCCUCCUUCAGUGGAGUCAAGUUCUCUGGCAGUGACCUGAUGGACUUUGGCCAGUGUGUCAGCUACAGUAAGCCCCACUGGUCAUGCCUCUACGGUGUGGACGAGCAACUGCUUGCAGCCCUGGCUAUGGGAGCACACGGAGCGGUUGGCAGCACGUAUAACUACAUGGGAAGCCAUUUCAAAGAGCUCAUGGCAGCGUUUGAGCAAGGCGACCUUGUCCAAGCCAGAACAAUACAGUUCAAGAUGCAAGAGCUUAUCAGUUACGCCAAGAAACUUGGUUUCGACCUGGGAGUGAACAAGCAGCUGAUGAUCGAGUUGUCAGGCCUGUCUCUGGGGCCUCCUCGACUCCCCGUGAUGCCUUGUCCUCCGAGUCUAGCCCUGUCCAUUGUGCAGAAAUAUCACAAUCUUUUCCCUAAAUAAUGAUUUGUUGAUUGACACGUUAAAUCCCGCUGUCACCUGACCGUCUGUCCAACAGCAGAAAUUCUGAAUCUGACGUUCACACUUUGCCACAAACCUUUCCAUUAUGUAAGCUAAAUGCUGUAAUUAAUUGGUGCUAUACAAAUAAUUCCAGGAGCACAGUGAGAAAAAAAAACAAUUCAGGGUUGGGUAUAUUUUUUAUCAAUCCAAAAUGAUCUAUGCAACAAUUAACAGCUUCUAAAUGGCUGGAAACGUAUAUAUAUAAUAUACACUUAACUACUGCAAUAAAAAACAUUCAUGGGACUUUUGUCCUUUGAUUAUUCUCCCAUUAAUUAUAUACUAUUUUAUGGGCAUUAUAUGUUGACAGUUCCUUUUCAAGAGUUAUUUUUCUUUUGAUUGGGAAACAUCUUCUCUAUUAACCAGUACUGUAAACACAGCAUUUAUCAUUGAUUAUGGUUGAUGAAGUUUGAAGUAAAACUAACUUCCAUUGCCUGGGGAAAUUUAGGGAACCCAGGACUGUCAUAAAUUAGCAGUAUUAUUUCCCAGUUCUGUGCAAUAUCGCUGAAUCUCAUUUCUGGAAUUCAAAGCACACAAAGACUCCUUUUGUUGAAAACUUUUUUUUGACAUGAAAAUCCCAGUUUUGGAAAAAAAAACAGAACGUGAGUUGACCUCAUCAGGGGGAGGCUGAAGGAGCCAGAAGGAACAUUAAUACACAAUAAACCAGGUUUCAUAUAUGAACUGUCUGACACUCCAGAGACUAGAUAAAUAUAAGUAGUUACAAGGAGCGUUAAAUGCUGAUAAAUGAUAUUCAGCCCUUGUUUGUUUGUUGUUAUUAAAUGUAAACUCUCUAAAGGGAAAUGUGUUCAAUGUAGUUCAUUUGCAAUAUGAUAAAUAAUCACAAAUGACUGACUGUUAACUAAACUGAUCCGUUUGUUUGUA